AGCUGUGUUGACAUGUGUAGAAGAUUGAGGUUAGAAUGUAAACAACGAAUUACAGAAUGUUGAACCGACGAUUGGAAAGCUAGUUUUAUACUCUGUAAUUAAUCGUUGUGACGCACAAAUGCUCAAAUAUGAUUCAAUAUUCAAUACGAAAGUGCCUAAUUUCAGAAACUGAGGCCGGGUCGUACCAAACGAAUAACGACUUCUUGCACAGAAAAGUAAAGCGGGAGUAUCGGAGUGCAAAAGUUGCAAGUGAGAAAUGGAGCAGUCUCUCGGUGUUGAAUGUGUUACCUGUUCGCUCCGCGAGAUGUCAGCACAGUGAUGUCUUCUUGGGCGCUGAUGUCACGUCGGAAACUCGCCGGACAUAUCGACCGAGCGAACGAGCAGCGUUGCGUUUGGUCGAUACAGACCGAUGACCAUCGGCGUAAGCGCGUAAACGCGAAAAACACGGGAGCGAUGACGGAGCGGAUGCGUAGCCACCUGAAGCAAAAAGUGUUCGUGUUCUCGCACUGGUGACUAAGCGACGUUGGUGGGAGAUAAGUGGAUCCAAGAGUCAAAUCGCCCGUCGAGUUCCACGUACCGAGGGACGAGUAGGAAGAGGAAGUGGACGAAGAGGAGUCGUGAUUGUACGCCUCUCGACAGAGACAUCACGAGAGUGUCGUGCGAAAGGUCAACCUCGCCGGUGACUCGACUGUGUGCGUGUGUGUAUGUGUGUGAGUGCGUGUGUGUAUGUGUGUGAGUGCGUGUGUGCGUACGUGCGUGAGUGAUAUGCCGGCACCCCACUACCUGGUGCACAACAGCGCUGUCCACCCUUUGAAACUAACCCUCUGCCUCGCGCCCCUUGGCUGAAGUCGAGCACGUCGUCGUCGUCGUCGUCGUCAUCGUCGUCAUCGUUGUCGUCGUUGUGUUGUUGUUGUUGCGUCGUCGUCGUCCGCUAUGUGUAUGCAUUGACAGCGCAUCACGCCGUCAGCAAGAGAUCGAUCAGUGGUGUGGAAGACAAACGGUCGGUUUCUCCGUCUCAGAGGAAAAAGGAGCGUGUCGAGGACGAACUCCGGGGGUGAGCCUCGCAUUGAGUCGAUCCUCUUAAUUUCGUGAAUGAGAGAAGGAAGAGCAUGUAUGCCCUGCAGAUGCAGACCGCUUGCCAGGGCGAGGGCACUGGCGAGUCUGACGAUCCCAGCAGCCUUCAUCAGGAACCAACGCGACCUGCUACACAGGACUGCAGUUCGUUUGACAUCGUCAGAGCUACGCAGUAUGGAGCAUUGGAUCGAGUGACGGAAUUGGUGGAAGCUGGCGCCGAUGUGAACCAGCCAGAUUCCGAAACUGUGACGCUGCUACACUGGGCGGCGAUAAAUAAUCGCAAAGACAUCGUUAAAUAUCUCAUCGCGAAGGGAGCUGUCGUUGAUGCAAUCGGUGGCGAAUUAGCCUCUACACCUUUGCAUUGGGCCACAAGACAGGGCCAUCUUUCUACGGUUGUGAUAUUGAUGAGAGCUGGUGCUGAUCCAACUUUGAGGGAUUCAGAGGGUUUCUCAUGUAUACAUCUCGCGGCGCAGUUUGGACACACGGCCAUUGUAGCCUACCUGGUGGCAAAAGGCGUGAAUCCAAACAUGCCAGACAGAAGUGCCAUGACGCCGCUCAUGUGGAGCGCUUAUAAAGUCAAUAGUCUUUCUUUUUACAGUCUAGAUCCAACGCGACUGUUGUUGACUCUAGGUGCGUCACACUCACUCACCGACAACCUACACGGUAAUACGGCUUUACACUGGGCCAUUAUAGCGAAAAACAACACAGCGAUAUCUAUCCUAGUGCAACAUGGGGCAUCGUUGGACUUGCCCAAUUUUCAAAGCGAAACACCGAUGACGCUAUUGGGUCCGCACAUCGGCGCCGCGUGGCUUGGUCAAAAAAUCAGUCAUGAGAUUAAAGAAAAGCAAGGUCGCACGAGAACAUGGUGUAGAGAUAAGAGGAUCCGUUGGUAUUGCAUGGUCAGUACACCAUUUAUAGCCUUUUAUGUGGUCGGUAUGGUACUACAGGGCGGAUGGGAUUAUUUAAUAAAACUAGGUGCCUUUAUCACCCUUUACGUAGCGGUGUAUCUAAUGAACCAUUUCGUAUUCGACGAACGCUUAUUCCACAUUCUACCAAUGUCGAUUUAUUUGGCCACCAAGAUGUGGAUAUACGUCACAUGGAUAUUCUGGUUGGGAAUCCAUGCAGCUUGGUAUUUGUGGUUAUUAUUAGUUGGUGGAUCCGUUCCACUCUGGAUAUGCUUUUUACAGUCUUGGCGGGGUGAUCCCGGAGUUAUCACGGCUACUCAUGAGGACAAAUUAAAUACGAUUAUCGAGUUAGCCGAGUCAGGUGGUUUCGAGCCACAAUGGUUCUGCAGUAGUUGUUUGGUUAGGCGACCUAUGAGAUCUAAACAUUGCUCUACAUGUGACCGUUGCGUAGCGCGAUUCGAUCAUCAUUGUCCUUGGGUCAAUAAUUGCAUCGGUGCGCAUAAUCAUAAGUAUUUCCUUGGAUUUCUGGCGUCUUUGCUGGGUCUGUGUAUCGUUAUUUUAUCUGCUAGUGUACAGUAUUGGCAGUUUGAGUGUUGGUCAAACUUAACGAACGGGCAUAGUGCGGACAACUAUUUGGUAGCCGCGGCUACAUGUGAUGCAUGGGUAAUGUGGGUGGCUGCUAACACGUCUCUCCAUUCCUUCUGGGUUGGAACUUUAUUAGCGUGCCAAUGUUAUCAGAUUAUGGUCUUGGGCAUGACUACGAACGAACGUAUGAAUGCCGGCCGCUACAAACACUUCAAACAAGGAAACCCAUUCCAUCGUGGCGCCUUGCAAAACGCCGCUGACUUUUGUAACUUCAGUUUCUGCGGUGUGAAAGCGAAACCGAGCUCGGACUGGCUACACAGCUUUGAUCUCAAACAGAGCAUCGAGAAAUUACCUUUGCUCGCGCAGAAGGAUAAUUUUCAGUACGUUUAGAAUUUUGUAAAGAAUAAACUAUCGUGGAUAUAUCACUUUUUAUCGCCAGCCGUGAGAAGCUAAAAUGUACACACAUACACUUAUAUAUAACACACAUACACUUUUCGCACGCGCAAAUACAGCAUAUCACAUAUACCUGAUGUACUUUUUUGGGCCACCAAAGAGCCGCGAAUAUAUAAAUGACUUCCCGUACGUAAGGCAGUAAUUAACAAAGAUUUCGCUCGCAUACUCUAAAUAGCUCUACUAUACAAAGUCGCUAGAUAAUCAUUUUUCAACUCGCACGUUUCGGAAAACUAUUGUUUCUCGCUAAUGUGCACAUAUUCCAUUUAUACCCUAAAAAUAUCGACGAGCGACCGAACAAUUCGCACAAGUAUUUCAUUCGAAAAGUUUACUUCUACCAAAUGUUUUAAAUCCAUCUAUAAGUAAAAAAAUAAAAUGCUUAUUAAAAUUUUAUUAAAAAUUAACAAACUAAUAAUUAGCAACAAUAUUUGAUCAUGUAUCAACUGAUUUCACAAUAAUAAUAGUCAGUUAUAUGACAGCUAACUGACCAACAACUUCGAUUAUAUAAUAACAAUGAACUAUUAGUUGACAAUAUUAGCUAAUUCAGAGUAUCCUAUUGUUCCUAGUGUAUUUCGGAACAGUUAUAAGCAAUUCAUGAGUACUUAUAAAAACAUAUAAUCGCAUUUUUCUUUUUUUAAAUUGAAAACUGGAAGUAAACAUCUCAAUUUCCUGAUUACUUAACGAAGUAAUAUAAUUUGUCAGAUUAAUCGUCUCGGUUGCGUAUAAUAGUUUUUACAUAUCUAGCAUUAAAAUUCCUUUAAGUGAAAUUAAGAAUAUUUAAUUAAGUGAAAUUUAGAAUAUUGUUAAUGGAUAAUAAUCUUUUUUUCUUAAAGUUCCUGGUUUUUUUGCCAUUAUUAUUAGUAACGUUAGAAGUAAGGAAAUACAGCUCAAAAUUCUUAUAAAAUAUGGUGAAACAAAAGCAUAUAUUUAUAAAAUAACGCGAUCUAUUAAAUAAAUUUGUACAAUAUUCCGAAAAUUCUCUUUUUACUCUGAUAAUAAGUAAUUGUACGGACAAAUAACCGUAAAAUUAAGAGGAUAUGUAACGUAUUUUUGAAAUACAAAAUAGAGAAGAUAAAUAAGAAAAGUUUUUGGAACAUCUUGUGAAUCUAUUUAAUCGAUUGCAAGUGUCAUUUUAUGGACAUUUUAUAUAUUUUUGUAUCGCCGUAUUUUGCAAGAGUUUUAUACUAUAUUUUCUGAUUUCUGACAUUAAUCAAGAUGAUUGCGACGAGAUACCGGGAAAUUUAAUCACGUGUUGUAAAUAAUUGUAACAAUAAUUUGUCUUGAUUUGCGUUCCCCCUUUCACUGAUCAUUCCAUUCUUUUAAUAUUACGAUCCAUAGGUGGUAAUUUGACGAUAUCUCGAACACAUUCAGGACGCAAAUGCACUUAGAAUCAGAAAGUAUAUAUUCAACUAAUAGAUUAAUAGGCUAAAGCUGAUUUAUAUUAUACUUACAUGUACAUACACACACGUACACACACAGACACAUUUAAUUACAUAUAAUUCAGCCUACAAGUUUACCAUUGUUCAAUUAUUUUGCCGUUGUUAUGUAGUAAAAUGAUGGGAUGAUAAAAUGUCUAUUCUUAUCUAUACGAGUAUUCGAGAAAUAUUGACGACGCACUUAUUCUUGAUGAAUUCUUACAAUUCGCAAUGGUAAAGGAUAUAAUUAAAUAAAUCAACAUAUAAAAAAUGCAAAGGAAUAAUUUAAAUUUCUUUGAUACAUGAAACAAGCAAUUAAAUAUGCAAAUAAUGCAAAGAUUAAGAUUCGUAUAUAAAGCGCGAAUAUGAGAUAAAUAAGAAUAAUGUGGCCUACAUGAUAUUGCUAUAAAUAUAUAAACUAUGUGAAUUAGAACGUAUAAGAAAAUCAAACACUGCGCGAUAGUAUACGCAAAAAACUACACGCAAAAAACUACAUAACAGUUGUUUACAUUGUUUAUUCUAUUGUUCGUAUUUGUAAGAGACUUUACCUGAUUUAAGUGCCAUGUUGUGCUUCUUGAAAUGCAUUUACUCAAUUUUACAGAUUUCUGUUAAAGAUUAAUUACUCUUUGUAUCAGUUACGUUUACGAUUACUAUUAUGUUUAAAAUUUAAUAUUCAUAGUAACAAUGCGAUCACAAAGCGAUAUUGCAAAUUAUUUUAAUAUUUCUAAGGAUUGUUAUAUAUAGCUUAUAAUAUAUCAAGCAUAUCUCGUCGAGAAUGUUUAUAUCACAAAAAUAUCGCUUUUUAUAUGUUAAGCAAAGAGAGUUAAAAAGAGAGUUAAAUAGAACAUCGUUGAAGCAACAAAGAAAUUAUUUAAUGCCGCAAAUUGUAACAAGUAUAGCACUCUGUUCAUACUAUAACACUUUAACUUUAAACUUCUGAUGUAAUUCUUCCAAAUUGUGUGUACAAAUUAUCGUGAUGGAAAUUACCGCUUGAACAUUCCAGAAUUAAUAGUAGCGUUUUAUAACGAUAACGUAAAAUGUUAAUUCUUGUAUUUCGAAUAUCUACGAACUUCUCGUCGAAUCGUUCGGUUUUGAAAAUUCAAUGGAUUUCCGCUUGUUGUAUCAUUACGAUGUUUCAAUCUCGAUUUUUAUGACAGCGUACUACACAGCCGAUCAAAAUCAAGUGUUCGAUCGAGUCGAUAAAAAAUUAAAUACUUGCGGAAUAUGAUUUUGUUUUAUGUGUGUUUAACGUAUACAUAUAUAUAUAUAUAUAUAUAUAUAUAUAUAUAUAUAUAUAUAUAUACUUUAUUAGAACUUUUCUACGCAGGAACGAUUAUAUUACUUGUCGAAAGUAAUAUCAUUUUUUUCCGACGAAAGGACAUGUCGUGUCUCAUUCGACGAGAUUGAAAGCGUUAUCAAAAUACAUAUUGUUACACAUUAAUGCAUUUUGAUACAUUACUAAUCCAAAGCAGUGCGAGAACUUCUUGUCUCUUCUAAUUACGGUAAAUUCGUGCUUCGAUGACUAUCCAGUCGCUUUAUGAACGCUAUGUGUAUCUUAUUCGUCUGUAAAUAGUAAUGUGUGUGUGUGUAUCAGCUUUAGUUAAACGUCGAGUCUAACUUAAGAAUUUUAUAUGAUUUAAACGACCAUCUUCGAGAUUAAUCGUCGAAUCGACACGUGUUUUUGACUCUUGGUUCGAUUUGCUAUUUGUAUUAAUACGAAUUCAUAUGAAUUCAUACGAAUUUCCACACCUGACAAAUUCUUGUACAGAACGAAUGAGGAACACUCGUGUACAAAAUGUUGAAACAUACAGAUAGUUUUAAUAUAGAUACACUUGAGGUGACAAUUACGAUUAUCGCAAGAAGUAAAAAGAGAGAAGUGAAACACAAAAGUGAAUACUCUAUGUCAAUGUUGUUAGAGCAAUGUGAAAUACGUGUAUAAAUAUUAUAUAAAUUUAGCAAUAUGAAAGAGAUGAAAUCGAUUGUAUAGUAAAUAUCGAUUUUGCAUUACAUGUAAUUUGUGCGUUUGCCUGUCGAAAGGUUUCCCGCGCGUAAAUUGGACGUGCGGAACCGUGCGACUUUUGCGUAAUUUUAUUUCUCGAUCUAGUCCAAUUGAGAUUAGUAACCGGCAUAACAUAGCACUGAUGUAUUUUAACGAUUGUGAGAAUGAUCUAUGACUGUGUUGUGAUUCUUAUAUGGGAGGAAGUUUAAUCGUCGAAAUAGGCUGUAUUAUCUCGACCUCUCUUGUAUGUAUUACACGAUAUAAAUAAUGAUAUACGGCCCUUUUGAAAACGAAUUCAGCGCGAAACAGCAGAUAAGAAGUCUCUUAUCGCAACUUUCACAUAUAUUAUGAAACUAACAACACCAAACACACGUUCGGUCACUUGGUGAUCCUUCUCAAUGGUUUAUAAACACCAAACGGUUAAAAUCAAAGUCCAAAUCUACACAUAAAUUAUAUCCAGAUGCAAUACAACACAUGCAUAUAAAUAAAACCUUGUAUGAACCUUUAGUAGCGAUUGAUGGUGUUUCCGUUGUGGUAUCCCAUCGAACAAUGUGUCCUGGUGGUAAAUUAGUGUGACAACUACAGGAUGAAUUUUACCACCAACAUAUUUUUUAGGCUGGCGAAUGCAACCGUGGAGUCUUUCCAAUAAAAAUCAACUAACAGUAACAUUACAUCAAUUAAUUUCCCACUUAAUAAUAUAAUUAUUACAUAACAUAAGUUAUAUUGCACUUACAUUGUUCAGUGGGAAAUUAUAAUAUUAAUGUUAUGUUAUUAAUAGUGGGCGUUUGUUGAAUUCGUUGUCAUUUGCACAACGAUCUGUGAAUUGUAAUUAUUUUACGAUGCAGUAACGCUUGCAGGAAUCGAAUAAAAUUAAAUAUAAUUGGCACUUGUAAGUGAAUACCUAAACACAUAUCGAUGGGAGACAAUAAUUAACACUGAUUAUGAUAACUAAUGCGCUUAAUAAAUUGUUACAUAUCGCAACGGCUACUUAUAUCUUAAUAGUAGCAAGUGAGCAAUGUGUGCAAACAUAUAUACAUACAUACACACAUUGAUACAUAGCGUGUCUGAAUAAACAAGCAAAGCUUAUUAUUAUAAAUAUUGUAAUAAUAGGCCAUAAAAAUUGGCCAAUAAUUAGCCAUUUUGUGCAUUAAUAACAUUCUUUACACUUGAUAUGCAACAUUUUGGAUACAAAUCUUAUGAUAAGCUGACUCUUCAUCUAGUAUUUUUACGUUAUCCCAAUUAAAAUUAUGAUUACAUCAUGGAUAAAAUACAUAUUGCUUCAAGAAAUGCUAGGCAAUCCUGCUUUAUGCACCUUAAUGAUUUAUAUAUAUAUAUAUAUAUAUAUAUAUAUAUAUAUAUAUAUAUAUAUAUAUAUGUUUUGUAUAUAUGUGUAUUUUUAUUUAUGUGUAUGUAUUUUAUCUGGACAUCAUAAUGUUUUACAUUUGGACUUCCAUUUUAAUUGUUUAUGAAGGGAGUCAUUGGAUGAAGACUAAAACAAUUAUUGUUAUUUAUUAUGCAAUCUGUGAGAAUUGUGCAUAUAUUCCUGAAUGACACAAUGCAUCCUAGAAACAUCUUGGAUAUGCCCAAAACAUCUGGAGAGUGUCCAAAAUAUCCUGAGCAUAUUCGAGAUGACCUCAGAACAUUUUAUGCUAUCUGAGUUAAUAACUUGCGGUAGUACUUCUAUUUAACAUUCCUCUCUGGUUUCGAUUCUUGUUAGAAGUCGUAAAAUCGUUAGAUUGCUAAGCAAGCGAAAAAACAAUUCGACAAAAGAAUAAUAAUACAUUUUUACAUGAAGAAUAGAUAGACGUAUCAGCGUCAAAGAUAUACAUAUACAUAACACACGCAUAAGCACAUUUCUAUCAUUAUUUAUUAAGCUUCAUAUAAGCGAGAUAAUUUACUUCUAUAAGAUUGUAACAAAAAUAUUAUAUAUUAUGAGAAAAAUGAAUUCCAAAGUAUACAACUGUAAUUUACCACGCAACACUUAUCAUUACUGUGAUUUGCGAGAUAAUUUGCGGAAAAGGAAAUCUAUAUAACACAUACAUACAAAGUCAUUAAAUGUACGAAUUGCUGUUAAAUUUUUGACAAAUUAUAACAUAAUGUAUACACGA